GCGCGCGGUGUUUUUGUCUUCGUGGAAGAUGACGGCGCCUUGGGUCACUUUCGCCCUGCUUUGGGGGUCUCUUUGCGCAGGUCCAGGACGUGGGGAGGUUGAGACCAGGGAAUGCAUCUACUACAAUGCCAACUGGGAACUGGAAAAGACAAACCAGAGUGGUUUGGAACGUUGCGAGGGGGAGAAGGACAAGCGCCUUCAUUGCUACGCCUCUUGGAGGAAUAGCUCCGGCACCAUUGAGCUCGUGAAGAAGGGCUGUUGGCUGGAUGACUUCAAUUGCUAUGACAGGCAGGAAUGUGUGGCCACUGAAGAGAACCCCCAGGUCUUCUUCUGUUGCUGUGAAGGAAACUUCUGCAAUGAAAAGUUCACACAUUUACCUGAGGUCACUGGCCCCGAAGUUACCUAUGAGCCGCCCUCGACUGUCCCCCUACUCACAGUCCUUGCAUAUGCCUUGCUGCCUAUUGGGGGCCUCUCUUUGGCCAUUGUCAUUGCCUUCUGGAUGUACCGACAUCGAAAGCCUCCCUACGGUCAUGUGGACGUCAAUGAGGACCCGGGUCCUCCACCCCCUUCACCACUUGUGGGCCUGAAGCCUUUGCAACUGCUGGAGAUCAAGGCCCGGGGACGUUUUGGUUGUGUCUGGAAGGCUCAGCUUAUGAAUGACUAUGUGGCAGUGAAGAUUUUUCCAUUACAGGACAAACAGUCCUGGCAGAGUGAACGGGACAUCUUCAGCACGCCAGGCAUGAAACACGAAAACCUGCUCCAGUUUAUCGCAGCGGAAAAGAGAGGUUCCAACCUGGAGGUGGAGCUGUGGCUCAUCACAGCCUUCCAUGACAAGGGUUCUCUCACAGAUUACCUAAAAGGGAACAUUGUGACCUGGAACGAGCUGUGUCAUGUAGCCGAGACCAUGUCCCGAGGCUUGUCCUACCUACAUGAGGAUGUGCCCUGGUGCCGAGGAGAGGGGCACAAGCCAGCCAUUGCCCACAGGGAUUUCAAGAGCAAGAAUGUUUUACUGAAGAGUGACCUCACAGCUGUCCUGGCUGACUUUGGACUGGCUGUUCGGUUUGAACCAGGAAAGCCUCCCGGGGACACCCAUGGGCAGGUAGGAACCAGGCGGUACAUGGCUCCAGAGGUGCUGGAAGGAGCAAUCAACUUCCAGAGAGAUGCUUUCCUGAGGAUUGAUAUGUACGCAAUGGGGCUGGUUCUGUGGGAGCUGGUGUCUAGAUGCACAGCUGUGGAUGGGCCUGUGGAUGAGUACAUGUUACCUUUUGAGGAAGAGAUUGGUCAACAUCCAUCCCUGGAAGACCUGCAAGAGGUAGUGGUGCAUAAAAAGAUGCGUCCUGCCUUCAAAGAUCACUGGUUGAAGCAUCCUGGGUUAGCACAGCUUUGUGUGACAAUCGAGGAGUGCUGGGACCACGAUGCUGAGGCCAGACUUUCUGCAGGCUGUGUGGAGGAACGGGUGUCCUUGAUCCGCAAAUCUGUCAAUGGCACUACCUCGGACUGCCUCGUCUCCCUCGUGACAUCUGUCACCAAUGUGGACUUGCCCCCCAAAGAGUCGAGUAUCUAAGUCCUGGGUCCUGUUUGUCUUUCCAGACUCAGUGAAUUUGAAGAAGAAAAAAGCUAAAAACAAAAACAAACAAAAAAAGAACCAUAAAAACCAACGAACACAUGAAUGCAGCUGCUAUUUUAUCUUGACCUUUUUAUUAUUAUUAUUAUAAUUAUUAUUAUUAUUAUUGUUAUUUUUUGAUUGGAUCAAUUUUUACCAGCAUAUUGUUCUACUGUAUUGAAAACAAUGGACAUCUCAGCAAGCAUUCAGGUCCCGACUUGUGAAUGCAGAAACGGUGUCCGUGCCGCAGAACCUCAACAACCUCGUUUUCCGUUUGUGAUUCAGUUUUUUAGGUUUUUCUUUGUUGGUCUGUUUUCUCCGCAGAACAUCUGUGACACAAAGAAAUCCAUCUCCCAUCUUAGGAAACAUAAUGCUGCAAACUUUGGAGGAAACUUUAAAAGACUGUUACAAAAAACACCUUUCUCAAAAAAAAAAAAAGGUGUUUCUUUCCCCAGUCCACCCUUCCACAAUCUCCCAGGCCCUUUAAAAAAUUUUUUUUCCCUUUUUAGACAGUGAGCUUCAAAAACAGCAGAUGUGUCUUUUACGGAUCUAACGGGUGUCAUUAUAAUGGAGGAAGAACCAGGAAGAGGAUAUUAACUCCUGAGAUAUGGGGGUUGAAAAGGGGAGGUUGGUGCUGGGGGUGGGGUAGGGAAGGGCGUGACGGACUUUUGCAGCAUUUGGAGAAACAUCAUUUGUUAUGGAGCUACUUCUCAGGUAAUCAGUGAAUGAGGGGAAGGACAUUUUGGACACAGAGCAUUAAUAGCAAACACAGAGUUUGGAGAAAGCACUUCAGAAAGCCUCAACUAUUCUUUAAGUACACAGGCAACGUUACUUCUUAUUUCUUCCAUUAUCUUAAGACUUCAGUAUAAGAUGGAUGGGAAGUAAAAGGAAAAUGAAUUUCUUUCCUCCACUCCAAUCAACUUCCAGAUAAAAUUCACUCUCAUUUAAGAAAUUUAAUUCUUUUCCUUCCCUAAAAUAAUCAUGAAUAGUUAACAACUAAAUAUAUAUUUAACAUAUAUAUAUAUAUUUUAGAAAAACACUGUUUUUAGUUAAGUGUUUUUUUUUUUUUUUUAAGAUGGAUAAAUUGAAAGGACUUUGCCCAUUUCUUGGAAUAGUUAAAGGAAUAACCCGACAGGCACAGCCUGAACAAUUACUUAAGACCAUUAAAAUAAAUACAAUAAAAUUGCUAGCUCUUUAAGGAGAGAUUUUUAUCUGGAGGGAGGAAGAAUGACCAGGGUCUUUGGCUGUGGACCACAGCACUACUUCAGCACCCAGGAAAUAUCAGGAUGAUGACAAUUUGAUGAUAGUGGUGGCGGUGGAAUGAUUUAAGAGCAGCCACCGUGGUGAUUUUUAACAUUUUUCCAAGUGGCUUGUUGAUAUGGCUUUCUCUAAACCCUGUAAUGAAAUUUUGUCUUAAAGUGGUGCAUAUCUUAAAUACCGUUAUCCUAUUAUGCCAUAAAUUUGCUCUAGUCAGUGAAUGUUCCUAAUGCUGCUGAUUCAACAUUUAAAUAUUUUUAAUUUGCAAAACAUGCAAUGUUUUAAAACACAUGCACACACACACACACACACACACACACACACACGCUACGUGGCUUCCGAGGUUUAAAUGAAAAGAAAAAAAAAAUUAAAACUUCACGACCACAGACCACCUCAAACCAGAAAUACCUCAGAAUUUUCUACUUGUAUGAGUUUUAUUAUAUAUUUUGUUGUGUUGUCUUGUAGUAAGUAUAUUUUAAUGUAUGUUGGCUUUUAUGACAAGGGAGUUUUAAAAAAAGAAAAAAAAUAGAAAAAAAAAGUUCCAAAAUCUUUUAGGAAGUGCUACCAUUUUUUUUCUUUUUGUUUGUUUGGUAAUGACCCAUUGUAAAUAACUGUGUCCGGUUGUAGAAUGAUUGCCUGCUUAAGGGAUCCCUGGGCAUUAGUCACUCUUAUUUGCAAAAGCUAUUUCCAUUCUUUAUUUCUUUGGUCCGUUUUUAUUAAAAGACAGUACAUCUUUUUAUCGUAAGGGAUGGAGAGUUUGGGUGUGCAGAAUGGGGAAGUGAUUUUAUUGCAUUAGAACUGACCUUCAGUGAAAAGUUUAUUAUUAUUAUUUUUUUUUAAAUCAUUCUUUGGCAUUUUUUUAUGCCUUGAUUAUCAGAAUGAAAACUAACCCCAUUUUCCUUCAUACUAAAAAAUAUAGCUCUUGGACCUACUAAUUGUGUGCAUUUCAACAUGGAAUUUCAUUUUAAAUGACACUUCUUAUGAGAAUUUACCAGAGGAGAUAGAAUAGAAUAGAUAGGCGUGUGAACAAAUAAAUGCAUGUCUAUCAUAUUUGUCAUUAUACAUACCUACUUACUAUGUCAUGAGGCUAUCUAUAAAAAGAUAUCAUUCUGGGAGCAGUGAUUAAAUAGUUUCCUUCAGCUCACUCAUUUGCAAACCAUGAUAUUUUUGGUUAUGCUCCCUUGUCCCACAUGUAUGCAGAACAUUAUACACACAUCACUGAAUUUAUGAUGAAUAAUCUGCUCCUGAAACAGGAUCCCUGAAAGGGUGUCUUGAUGAAGGUAGCAUGACUGAAAAAUGAUUUUGUAAUGUGGUUGAUUUGGGGCUGGUUAUAAGGAUUUUAUUUGCUCUGUGAGUAUAUGUCUACACAGGGGCUUGUGUAUGUCAGUAACUCUUGUGUUAAGGAGUUCCACGGGGUGUGUGAGUUCACACCCUUCUACCUUUCAAUAUUUUCCUCCUCUUCAUCGCUAAUAUUACAAGAGUUUGAAACCAGUCGAGAAUGUUUCAGAGUAGGACAUGGGGGUGGGAGGGUAGAGAAGGUGUACUGUCUUUUUUUUUCCAUCAUAAUCUCCAUGUUGUUUGGAUUUCUUUUUUCAUUCAGAAUUAUUUGUAAUGGCUAAAAUAGGCCUUACAGCAGUUGCUUUUUUGAAUCUGAUUUCUUUAAGAAGCUUUAAAAUAUUUAUUGAAAGUGCCAUAUAUAAUUUUUUUAGCUUUCUCUGUUAUUCAAUGUCAGUCAUCUCAACCUUCUCAUACAGAAGGAUAAAUUAAAACACGUAAAACAAAAUGUAGCUUCUCUUUACUGCAGGGAAUUGUUAGAUUACAGGUCCUUGUCAUCAAACACUGAACAAAUUAGGCCCUUGGGUGUUCUCUGGCUUUAAAGUUUUCUGCAGGUGGCUCUCUUUUAAUAAAUGGGGUUCAGCAGAAUCCAUGAGCAUGUUUUAGGUGAUAACAUUUGACAAUGGCUGAAUCAGAAGGGCAAUUCCCUGAAGGUAACAUGGCAGAGUCUCCUUGGUAAACAGUCCCUACUGAUCACUGAGGAAGAUUGGUUUCAGCAGUUGCUAAGAAGCCUCUGGGAGAUGGAAGUUGCAGUGUUCCUGGUGUUGGAUGAAGUGGUCUUCAAUCGUACACUUCUGUACUUGUUCUUCUGCUGUCUUGGUUGUGCUGUCAGAGAUACAAAUCUGAUAUUGCCGUUUUAUGUGACCAGUGGUACAAAACUCACUCUUUGCAAUAAUAUAUUGGUCCAGAUUUGGACAGUUAGUUUGGUGCAAAGGUAAUAUUGGAUUGUCUCUCAGUGCUUGCCUGGCCAUGAGAUGGAGCACUGGGAAAUGGGAUCUGGGGACUUUGUCCUUCUAAGAGUCAUUUCUGCUGUGUAGCAUUUUCUUCAUGAAAGACCUACUCUGGGAGUAGAGGGAUUCCAGGAUUUUCUGACAAAGUAUGCCUCCUGUGUGCCAGCAGGGAUGUGAUAGGUGAGAGUUGCAGAAUGACACAGACUGUCAAAGUUGGCCAGUUGUUGGUUUGUUUAGCCUGAUGGGACUUAGUCUUUUAAGAGGGUUAUGUCAUUGUAAAGUAUCAGUGAUUUUUUUUAAAGCAUCCAUUAAAAAAAAAUUAUUAAAGGAAUUUACCUGACUCCUAAUUUUAAAGAACUCAAACCAGUCUUGAUGUUUCAGUGCACUAGCCCAAAUGUCCCUGAGGAUUUGAUAGUGGAAGCCUGACCUGGGAUAAAUUAAAGAGACAGGAGAACUUGGUGGUUCCAGGAAUAAGCAUUUCCAGAUCAGAAUUCUUCAGUUCUUAUCAGCUUCUUCUUAUGAAGUUGGAACUUUGGAGGGAAUUCUGACCCAGGAAGCUCUUAUUAACAAAGACAUUUCUGAUGUGCCGACAGUUUUAUAGCACUAAUGAUUGUAUGGCAGGAGCAUUAUGGAGCUGAGCAAUCCCAGGUAAGCAUCUUGCCUUUCGGGCGUUUAUUGCAUAGGGACUCAGUGGAAAUAACACAAUCCUGAAUUGGGGAGUGGGGCAGGAGACAAAAGCUAAAACUGUAGAGCAUGGGGUCUCCAGGAAAGGCAAGGCUGAGGGAAGCUACCAUCUGAAAUGGUCAAGUUCUCAUCAGUGGCUAUAUCCCACAUCCUAGGGCAGGCAUUCAUGAGUCAGCUAUGUGAGGAGAGAUUGUUGCAAAGGGAUAGCAGUCAGACUGGAUAAAUCUUCUCCUAACUCCUUAAAGAAGGACCCUGAAUCAUCAUCGCCGUCAACAGCAGAUACUAGGCAAGUGCUCGCUAAUGUUGCUAGGGGUCCAGCCACUGUUGUCAGCCAGGUAAAGUUGAGGCCAUUGUCCUUAGUGGCGUUCCAAGACAAUACUCCUGUGGCCUUGUGUACUAGACCUCCAACUCUUCCAUCAGGACUAAGUCUAUAACAACUCUACAUCUCAAAUAUAAAAUUGCUCCUUGCCUUUCCUGUGAACAAACACUGAUAGAAGAACCUAGCUCUGUAUCAUUACUCAAUGAGGAGACUCUUCCAUGCUGAAGGCCAAAUCAUUCCCAAAUCUUUUAAAAUAAGGCAAGGGUCUUCCACCCCUCUGAUCAUUCUGGUAAUUUCUUUCAUCAACCUACGGAAUUAGACCAAACCAUUUAUCUCUUAUUUUUAAACAAAUUGGUUACAACUAACAGAUUAACUCAUUUUGCCAUCAUUUUUGUUCCUGGUCACCAAGGUCUCACCAGAGCAGAUAUUCUCUAUAACGAUGACCACAGGAGUAACAAUCAUACUCAUUUUAUCUUGGGGAGCUUCCUUUGCUGAGUGCCUAGCAAUGUAGGUUUCCAUUCCAAGAGCACCUCUCAUCCAAUGAUAAUGAAAAUUGCUUUGUCCCAAAAAGUAUAAGUGGGUAAUAGAAUUAGCCUGCAAAUACCGAGACCCAUUUUGUAUUCUGUCCUUCUUGAUAAUUGUUGGUUUCUUUUGUUUUGUUUUCGUUUUUGUUCUUUUGAUACGGGAUUUGAGUGUUGCUAGCACUUAUUGGUAAAGUGUAAAAUUGGGACUGGAAACUUUUUAAAUUACUUGUCUAGGUUUUCAGGAUUGAAAAUGAAAAGCAAAUAACCAACCUCAUUUUAACUAGUUAAUUUAAAAAUUAAUUUGGGCCUAAAAAGGCAUUUUUUAAAAAAAGGUCUAUAAAAUUUAACCUAGUUUAAAUAUAUACAUUUUAAGCAUAAUGGGUAAAUUUUCAUAAGGACUAGUAUUUGGAAAGAGAAAGGAGACAGGUUACAUUUUAAUGUUGCUAAAUCAGUGGUCGUAAACUUGGCUUAAGAAAUGAAUACAAAUAUUUACUAGUCUAUAGAUUCUUUUAGCACACAGGAAUAGGAAUGUUGCUUAUAUGGUUUUUCCAUUUGCUCUGCAUUGAUUAUUACUUUCCCUAAGUGUCUGUUCACUUAUCCUAAUUAACAUAAUCACACCAGUCACAUCUGAACCAGGACGCAAUUAGAUUUAAUAUAUUUGACAUGAGUUUUUAAUAUUCUUUUAUUUCCAAAAAAGAUAGCUUCUAGUCCUUAGAAAGUCAUUUACUCAGCCUGAUGGUUCAGAAAGCUUUUAAAUCAUGAUUUUGAAUAUUUUGAAGAAAUGAGCACACUCUAGUGCAGGCCCAGCAAUUCAAGUGACACAUUAUUUAUGUCAGUAUUUUAAAAUAUUUAAUCUUCUCUUUGAUUUGGGUACUCAGGAGUUUUUCAAUAAACUGGUGGACAUGGUUGUCACAAUCAACGGGAAGCUUAUAAAUUCUUCCCUGAAAAUAGAAACCCCUUUGGUAUUUGAUAGCUUAAUUUUUUAGGUAAAGAAAAUGAAAUAAAAAAUACCCACAAAAUUUAAACUGUCUUUGAAUUAUCCUUGUUGGUUUUCCAGAAAAUGAUUUUUUGGUAUUAUUAGCCCUGGAGUCCUUGACUUAAAUAUAAACAAAAUGCCAGUGAAGUGGUAAUGAAACUUAGCAUUUAUAAUUAAUUUAAGCCCAUUUUGAAUGGAGUUUUAAUAGUUAAUUCAGUUUUGACAAGAUUUCUAAUUUAAAAAUUACUCAGUCUUUGGAUUAUUGCCAAUAAUUUAACAUUGUCUUAGUAUUUUAUCUUCCAUGGAUGAAUGAAGACUUUCUGAUUGGAGUAACUCUUCUUUGUCCCGGGAGUGCCAAGCACUUGUAUUUCUAUCUUAUGAUGCUCUACCCUAAGAGAUAUCAUAAUUUCUUUUUAAAAUGUCUUACCUGUCUCUGUUGAUUUUCAUGAAUUCUGCCUUGUCCCCAGAGAAUAUAGCUGGAUUAAAGGGCAUUUUUGAGAUUGACCAUAACUUCGAGUAGAAUGGUCACUUUUUUUUUAGAUUAUUUUUCCUAAUAAACUACAGAAUCUUGAGUCUUUCUGAAUUCUGAGUAAAGAGAAAGUUAUCUUGUUGAUAGGAGAUAAUUUUUUAAAGAAAUAUAUACAUUUAUUUCCCAUGAAUUGAAAGUCAAAUCUUUUGAAUCAGAGCUGUCAAACACAUGGCCUACAACAUUUAAGUGCUGCCUAAACCAUGUAAUUUGGGAAAUAUUUAACAAAAUAAGUAAGAAAUACAAUAAAACAUGGAUAACCAUAUUUUUAAACUGCCAGUCUACAACCCAUAUAAGUAUUACUAGUCCCAAUUUCUAUUUCAUUUUGACACUCCUGCUUUAAAUGAUCCCAUGAGGUAGAAUCCAGGCUAGAUGGGGGGAAAUGUGAACAUUAUUACAAAAGGCCCUUUCCUGAUUGUUUGCCAUGGUAGCACUACUAUUAGGUAGGACUGUUCUGCUAAGUGAAGUUACUGGCUAAUGUAUUCCAAGGUGCUGAGUAGGUUAAGACCCUCAAUCCCUUCUCCCUUACCCUUGAAUCACUUUUGCAUUCAGAAUAUUAUUUAGAAACAUUGUAAAUAAAAGAGUAGAUUAUAUAGAGAAAUGACACUUGAAAUUUUACUUUAAAGAAUAUAUAUCUACAUAUAUAUUUAGUUACAUAAACUAGCAAGAAUUCUACACCUUGCGAAUUGUUUUAUACCACAGAUUAUUUUUGUAAAGUUAAUGUGUUUCAACAAGAAUGAUUUUGUAUCCAGAUCAAGUGAAAACUUUACCUUUCAAAGUGUGCACUAGAAAAAAAUCAAAGGUUCAUAACAAAAAACAAAAAUAAAAAAAAUGACCCUCUUUGGGACUAUAGUCUGUUUUAAUAUGGUUUUAUUUGACCAUACCCAACCCCAUGGAAAACUCUUGUGUUCUAUAUAAUAUAGUAACUUGUAGCUUAAGAGUAUGUGCAGGAGAUAUCUAAAAUUCUUAGUUACAAACAACAAAAUAAAAUUAAGAUUUUCCCAUUUGAGACCAAAUAUUUUAAUUAGGGACUGAAUUAUUCUGUUAUUGCAUUGAUCAAAGUUGAUAGAAAAUCACCAAUUCUGACAGUAAUAGCAGUGAUAUCUGCUACUUGGAUGUAAUCUGUAAAGAGAUUUAGCCAAUAAAUUUAGAGACCUCUCUGAGUCUGAAACUUGUUGCCUCUAGCACAGGAGCAUUAUAGUGUCAAGACUUUAGAAGACUUAUCGAUUUAUCCACUUUACUAAAAGUUUCAUUUUACUGCCAUAUUACAGGGAAGCUUUUAGUUUAGACUUGGGUUUUUGUGUUUAGUGGAAAAGUUGAUGUAUGUGGUUGGGGUUAGAGUAAGGGAAGGAGUUGGCAGGGGAGGGGGGAAUUCAACAUUAAAACCAAUAUGGAGAUAAUUUCCCUUUUUACUUUAAUUGCAAAUUCUGAAUCUGUUCUAGAACCCGUGCUUCUCUCUGCUCCAGAGUGGAAAGAGUCCUGGGUUGGGCCAAGGUUACAUAUACUCUGAUAGGGUUUUCCUGGAGUCCCUCAGGUUCUUAAGUUCAUGGCAAGGACAUCAUCUUAGAUGGGACUUGCUUAUCUAAAAAUUCUGGUUUGAGAUAAAGCUGUACACAGUUAGCUAGGGAAACUACUUAAAUUCCGUUUGUUGAGUAAUACUUUGUAAAAAAACAAAACAAAACAAAACAAAAAACAACGACCUGCUGUUUCCUCCUCCCCUCCCCAUUUCUGCAGUAAAAUAACAAUUUUGAGAUAUCUAGCUACUUGCCCUAGAAUGUAAUUCUGUGUGCCUUUAUUUUUCUCCCAUGUAAAAGCAACUGCUGUAAGCUUUCCCUACCCGUCUUUUCAGAUUCAAAACUCAAUCUCGCCCUCAUUUUCCACAUGUUGUUUCUGGAUACAGUUUGUGAUCCAGUUAUUUUAAGAACUAAUUACCUCAAACCUUAUGUUGAACAGUGUUGCUCUCUGGGUUCUCCUUGAUACCACAAUAUUGUAACAUACACAAAGGAACCAUGCUCUAUUUGGGUGUUUGGGAGUUUUUGAGUGGAGUUAUUGUUUGUAUAUUUUUUCUCCCUAUCCCAAGGAAAAUGAUUCCCAAGGAUUGAAAAGGGGGAAAAAGCUUUCCAAUAUUGAAAUCAGAAGGGCUUUUUGGCUAGACCAAUAAUAACAUAAUGGUGGGUGCUUCAAGAGAGUUAACUAAAGUGCUUCCUGUUACUCUGCUAAUUCUGUUUUCAGUAUUCUAAGACCUGAAUAGGUAAAAUGGUUACAUUGGAUAGGUUUGUAUAUAAAUUAUUAUUUCCAAAGCUAAGGGCUUUGUAGCAAAGUUUUCAGUGAUUAAAGCUCAAGUGUAGAACAUUCCUUUAAAAGGUUGGGUCAAAAGCUCACCAUGUACAUAUAUAUACCACAGUGCAUUCUGGAAAGAAGUUUGUAGCAUUUGUCUCUGUGAAAUGAAGCCUUGUGGGUUGUGGUUGUUUUGUCGUUUGAUUUUAUUUUUAACCAACACAGUGAAUUUAUAUCGCUAUCUGAAUUCCAACUCAGGGGUAACAGUCAAACCCCAGAUUCCAAAGUGGUAACUCAGUAAGUAACAGAGAGCUACCUGGCUAUGUUGUUGAAGUUCCCCUAGAGCAGUGAAUCCCUGAUCUCAACGUUACCUGGGCAAAACUAGUGUGGUGGAAAGGGUAUGGGGAAUCCUGACUCAGACCCAGAACACUGAUGAAACCCACCUUUUAUUGAACUAUACAGGUGACUAUUUCUUUUUUAGGGCUUUGCUCCUAUUGGGCUAGCCAGAGAGCACUGCCACCAGAUUUAAAGACAUUUUCAGCCAAUUUCUUCCUAAAGAAAUACUUUCUCAUCUAAAUAUGACCAAUUUGAAGGCGGGGAUAAUUGGGUGGGGUUUUUUUUUUUUUUUUAAGAUCAGUGUUCAAGUCAGUGUCAAGGGUUAAGUGUGUAAUAAUGAGAGUCAUUACAGGGAUUCUUCAAUAAAACCCUUUUAAAAGUAUUAAAAUCUCUGAAGAAAGGAGGAACUUUAAAAAAAUGCCAGUGGCUUUUUAAAAAUUAUUAUUUUCUGACAUGUAAAGAUGCAAAGAAUGGUACUUGGGAAUUAAGCGCGGUGAUGGUUAUAGGUUUAGUGACAUGCUCCUUAAUUUAAUGCUAAAUGCCAUGAAUCCAUACAGUGCCAUUUUUCAACUGUCCCAAAUAUUUGCUUCUGAAUUGUACAUCAUUUUAAUGGUUGAGUCAAAGGCCUAUUUCAUCCUCCCUACACCAGUGAAUAUAUUUCACAUUUGUCCUUAAGUUUGACUAAUUUUAUGCAGUACUGCCAAAUUUACCCGAGUUUUAUUUGAUGUCAAUUCUUGUAGAAAGAGCUCUCUACAUGCGACAUGAGACAUAAUUCAACAACACAGAAUGGUACAAAAGUCUUGAGAUGGAUUUUGGAACCAGCACGAAGAACUGACAUACCUCUACAUUUGCCAUUUUAAACAAUUACACAUCAGUUUUUAACCAGCUCUUUCUAAACUUGUUCUUUAUAUGAAAGGAAAAGGAAAAAAAAAUUCCUAAGAAUUGUCUAGCUUAGUAUGUGUAUGUCAGUUUUAGGAUGGAUAGCUAAGUCUUAUUGCGCUGUGUUCCUUAACUUGUAUAUAAAAAGUAUAUGUGUCAGAGUUCUGCAGUGACCUGCUUCUCCAACAUUCAGUUUGACAGAUUAGUAAGCUCUAAAGAUGUGAUCAGUACGUGAUUCAAAACUUCAUUUGAUUUCAGCAAAACUGAAUUGAGGAAGCUCUUUCAAACAGUAAAACUAAUUUAAUGACUUCUGGUCCUUGACUCCAAUUCGAUAAGUACUGUUUGUAUACCAGGAUAUGUGAAAUGUAAAUGUUGUAGGUUAUAUUUCACUCGUAGCUUUGAAAUAAAAAUUUUGUAGAACAGAGAUAGCUUGUACUACUGAGUUAACAAAAGUUAUUCUAAAGUAUCCUGUUAAAGAAAAGGAAUAUACAGAGUUAAGCUUGUUGCUGUUACCCCCUUUUGGUUUGAAAAAGUGUGCUGAUAUUUAUUAUAUACAUAUGUAUGUGUAUAUAUAUGUAUACAUAUACAUAUAUACACACAUAUACACACAUGCAUACAUAUAAAAUGGCCUAAAGCAGACAUCCAUGUAUUGCAGUUGCAAAUUGAAGAAAUUUCAGAAAGAACAUUGUAUCAUAGUUCCUACAUUUGCCGUGGUUCUUUGUUCUCCUUUUUACUGUGGUAAUUUUAGAAAUGAGUAUCAAGUUUGAAAUGAGAUCUGCCAAGUUGGGGCUUUGCUGCACUGGGUCCCUGAAUAAACCAGUAUGAAUGUAGUCUUUGCCCUGUGUGAAGAAGCAGCCACGCCCCAACAGAAUAGGAGAAAAACCGUAGAAAGAGCGAUUUCAAGUUUAUCUUUUUUUGUAUAUGAAAAUAAACGGUAAAUUAAAAAAAAAAAAAAAACAA